GAACCUUAAUCCAACUCGUAAGCAGUCCAUCGAUUCUCCGACCUCGUCAUCGGCCCGGAUCUCAGUCUCGCUAAUAACCCGUGUUAAAUGCCAAGUCAAAUGGGCCAGAACUGUCGCUUUCCAUCAAGUUUAUAUAUAACUUGAAAAUAUAUAGAGAUAAAGAUGCGGAACCCCCUUUCCACCUCCAAGCCCGAAUCCUCGGGGUACGCGCCUGUUCCGGCCCGUGAGGACACCACCGACGCCGACGCCGAUGCCGACCCGACCCGGGUAGCAACACCCACCCUCACAACAAAACCGUCUUCCCCACUGCAGACACGGGGGUAUCUCACCUUUCUGGCCGGCUUCAUCUGCUCCCUCGUACUCUGCGCCGCCGUCCUGCUCGCCGUCCUCGUCACGGCCAACAGCAGCCUGGCCUCCCUGUUCCGGAGCAGCAGCAGGCCCGGGCCCGGGACGACGUCAGACAGCGGGGAUUGUAGCCCAAAGCCAAAUGUCCCGCAGUACUUCCAAACGUAUCCGGAGCUGUGGGCAGGCCCGACGCGCACGGGCAAGGCGCCCUUCCUCGCGCAGACGAGGACCUGGGAGGUUGUUGAGAGCACCACUACGACAACUGCUACGGGUACGGGUACGAGUACGGCUACCGCCACGGGGACGAGGGGAAGGUUUGGGUGGUCAUAUGUCCCCAACCAGCCGCUGCAGACGGCAAUUCCCGUCGAGGGCAUGCGCGAGGGCGAUCAGAGCAUCUUUAACUUGAUGGGCUACCUGGCGCCGUACCGGCCUAGUGAUGGGUUCGGGGUGGACGAGUGGCCGCUUCCGGAAGGGGCUGAGAUUCUGCAGGUGCAGAUGCUCUCGAGACAUGGGUCGAGGUAUCCCACGCAGCAGGCGAACGUGGCCGAUUUUGGCGAGAGGAUUAAAAAGGCCCAGGGCAAGUUCAAGGCAAAAGGGGCGCUGGAGUUCCUGAACGAUUGGGAGUAUCAGCUAGGGGAAGAGAUUCUGGUCCCAAAGGGUCGACAAGAGCUCUUUGACUCGGGCGUGUUGCAUGCAUACAUGUAUGCCCAGCUGUAUAAUCCAAACAGCAAGAUCAUCAUCCGGACCACGACCCAAGACCGCAUGCUCAAGUCAGCCGAGUACUUCGCGGCCGGCUUCUUCGGGUUGCAAUGGACACGCAAUGUUACCAUCGAGGUUAUUAUUGAGGAGAACAGGUUCAACAACUCUUUGGCCGGCUACCUCAACUGCCCAAACUCCAACAAAGUCAACGCUGGCACGGGGGCUGCCAGUAUCUGGAUUAACAACUACCUGCAGAAUGCAACUGCCCGUCUGGGCAAGUUGAUGGACGGUUUCGACUGGACUAUCGAAGAUAGCUAUGCCGCGCAAACCAUGUGCGCCUACGAAACGGUCGGGUAUGGAUUCAGCCGCUUCUGCGAGUUGUUCACCUACGAAGAAUGGGUGGGCUUUGGGUACUCGAUCGACCUCUGGUUUCACGGCAACCACGCAUUUGGGUCUCCGACCGGGCGUGCUAUCGGCAUCGGCUACCAGCAGGAAGUUGUCGCGCGCUUGCGCAACCACACUCUGGGAUACUCGGGCUCCCAGAUUAAUGUGACUCUGGACAAUAACACGGUCACCUUCCCGCUCAACCAGAGCCUCUACUUCGACUUCUCCCACGACACCAACAUUGUCUCGGUGCUGACGGCCUUUGGGCUGCGGCAGUUCUCGGGCUUCCUCGACCCGUCGUCGUAUCCCGGCCCGCACAACUUCACCGUGUCCAAUAUGACGCCCUUCGGGGCCCGGUUGGACAUUGAGAUCAUCCGGACGGCCCGACCCGUCCUGCCCGACAGGUCUGGCUAUCUGGGCGACGGGGGAGAGACCAAGUACGUUCACUUUGUGCUGAACCAGCGGACCAUUCCGCUGGGGUGGAGCCUCCCGGAGUGCGACGCCUCGAGGGUGGACGGCUGGUGCGAAUUGGAAGCGUUCCUGGCGGCCCAGGAUAGGAUGGCAGGACUGGCACAGUACGAGAAGGCGUGUUUUGGCGACUAUGAGAUGCAGCCUUAUGGAUUUGUUGACGACGGUUCACCGCCUUGAGUUGGAGGGUUUCAGUUUGGUCAGCUUUUUGGUAUUGUUCGGGUCUUGGAGAGAGGUGCUGUGAUGAUUGUGAAGUGUAAUCGUAGGUAUUCGUAAACCGAUGGAUGUAUUGUAGAAAACAUUAUUGUACGACGUUGCUCUAAAGC